GCCAAUCGAUCACAUAUCUCGAUCACUCUGAUCCCAAAAUCUCCAUCUAUUCUUAUUACUACUACUUGACAAUUAGUACUAAGAAAAAUAAUAAUAUAUAGCAUUAGCAACGUACCAAAUGUUCAGUACGUAGUAGUAGUAGUAGUAGUAGUAGUAGUGUAAGAUGAAGAAAAACAUCCAGCAUUCUAAUAACCAGCUGCCAUACUUCUUCAACUUCUAUACACUCUACACCAUCUUUACCAUAUUCAUCAAUGCCUCUACCACCCAACAGAUCUCCACAUCCAGCACCACCCAAGUCACCAAAGUUGAAGUCAAGCCGGCCAUUCGGCAUCGACGACAACUCUUGUCCUUCAAUGGAGCCGUCGACACUCUCACCAUCGACCCAUCUCUUGUUUUUGAAAACUCUCGACUGAAUAAUGCUUACAUCGCAUUACAAGCUUGGAAACAAGCCAUGAUCUCAGAUCCCAAAAAUAUUACUGCUAACUGGAUUGGAUCAGACGUGUGCAGCUACACUGGAGUAUUCUGUUCCGAUGCGCUCGACUGUCCAUCACAACGUACGGUCGCUGGCAUCGAUAUCAACCACGCUAACAUUGCCGGGUCCCUCCCAAAUGAGUUAGGACUGCUGUACGAUAUUGCAUUGUUGCAUAUCAAUUCAAACCGGUUUUGUGGGAUCCUACCUCGGAGUUUCUUGAACUUGAAGUUACUGUUUGAGCUGGAUGUAAGCAACAAUCGCUUUGCUGGAAAGUUUCCAUGCAUUGUCCUACGCCUGCCAAGUAUCAAAUAUCUCGACAUUAGAUACAAUGAAUUUGAAGGUAAGCUUCCAAAUCAACUCUUUGAGAAAGAUCUCGACGCCUUAUUCAUCAAUAACAAUAGGUUUUCUUCCGAUUUGCCGGAAAAUAUUGGAAACUCACCGGUAUCGGUCAUGGUUCUGGCAAACAAUAUGUUUCAGGGGUGUCUUCCAGCGAGUUUUGGAAAUAUGUCAGGAACAUUGAAUGAGAUAGUCCUAAAAAACAACGAGUUUCAUUCGUGUUUGCCAAAGCAGAUUGGGAUGUUGAAGAAUUUAACUGUGUUUGACGUGAGCUUCAAUCGCAUAAUGGGGUCGUUUCCAGAGAGUAUUGAGGAAAUGGUGAGCUUGGAGCAUUUUGAUGUGUCCCAUAACAUGUUGUCUGGAGAGGUCACAGAAAGGGUGUGCAGGCUUCCGGAAUUGGUGCAGUUUUCAUAUGGUUACAAUUUCUUUACAAAUGUGUCUUCUCAGUGUUUGAAUUUGCUUGGUUUUGAUGAUCGAAGGAAUUGUUUGCGAGGGAGGCCAACACAGAGGUCUAUGUUGCAGUGUAAGAUGUUCUUGUCUCGGAAGGUUAAUUGUAGUAGUACUUCUUUCAAAUGUGCCUCACUUGUUCCUUCUCCUCCACCACCGCUCACUUUCACAACACCGCCAGUCUCUUCACCACCACCACCACCACCAUCGCCACUACUGCUCCCAUUGUCUCCACCUCCACUUCCACCGAUAUCUCCCCCGCCACGAUCUUCACCACUUCCACCUCCAGAUAACUGCAUUAAGAAUCCACCACCACCCAAUUCGCCAACUCCUUACAAGAAGUCACCACCCAGUACUACUCCAACUCCAAGCUGGUCACCACCAGUACGCCCCAACCCCUCUCCACCUCCCCCACCCACUUAUUCUCCACCUCCAUAUCUAUCACCACCGCCACCAUUAACCUUAUGUGAAGAACCCCCACCCCCACCACCGUGUGAGCAACCUUAAUUAGCCACCCCCAACUCCAUACCCCAUUCCCACCUUCA